AUGGAUGAGGAGAACUGCACCAGGGUGACCCACUUCACCCUCUCGGGACUCACAGAGCACCCACACCUGAAGCCCAUCCUCUUUGCCCUCUUCCUGGGCAGCUACGUGCUGACCCUGGUGGGAAACCUCAGCAUCAUCGUGCUGGUCAGGGUCAGCCCCCAGCUCCACACCCCCAUGUACUUUUUCCUCAGUAACUUGUCCUUCCUAGACAUUUGCUAUUCCUGCACCAUCAGCCCCCAAAUGCUGUUGGACCUUUCAGAAAAACACAAGGCCCUUUCUUUUGCUGGCUGCCUCACGCAGUUUUACUUCUACGCUGUUUUUGCCACGGCUGAGAUUUACCUUCUGGCUGCCAUGGCGUACGACCGCUACGUGGCCAUCUGCAGCCCCCUGCUCUACGGGGUCGUCAUGUCUCCCGGCCUCUGCACGCGCCUGGUCGUUGGGUCCUACCUCGCGGGGCUGCUGAAUGCCGUCGUACACACGAGCGCCUUGCUCCAGCUCUCCUUCUGUGGCCCUCGGGUCAUCAAUAACUUCUACUGUGACGGGCCCCCCUUGUUCGUGCUCUCCUCCACUGACACGUGGCUCAAUGAGGUGGUGAUGUUUGUGUUUGCGGGCUUCAACUUGACCAUGACCAACCUGCUCAUCGUUGCCUCCUACGCCCGCAUUGCGGUGACCAUUGCGAGGAUGCGCUCUGCUGCAGGCAGGCGCAAAGCCUGCUCCACCUGUGCCUCCCACCUAGCAGCUGUCAUGAUGCUCUACGUGAGUUUUGUCCUCCUGUACCUACGGCCCAGCUGUAGUUCAGCAGUUGAUGAAGACAAGUUGGCUUCGAUAUUCUCUGCGGUAGUGAUACCUUUGUCAAAUCCUCUGAUGUAUAGCCUGAGAAACAAGGAGGUGAAGGCUGCUCUGAGGAGACUUCUUAGGAGGAAAAUGUGCCCAUGA